AGUUGACAACCACUAAACAAUCUGUGUUUGGGUUCGGUGCACAUGCCGAGUUCCGGGAAUAAGAUCUGACAUAGAGGGGGACACACUCACAACAGGAUCGGGAUCCCUGUAAGGUAAUGGCGAGUGUUGAACCUUGGGUUGGAACCUGGAGGCCCCACAAACCGAGAGGGCCUAUAGCUGCCCUCUAUGGUAGCCCAGGACCCAAGUAUGCACUGCCUGGACUCACAGGUGUUUUUAAACAUGACCCUACUAAAUACAAAGCACCAAUGUUCAGCUGUGGGAAACGUUAUGACAAGUCCAGUUCUGAUUGCUCCCCUGGACCAAGAUACCUCAUCCCCUCCAACAUCACCCGAGCGGGCCGAGACGGCACUCCUGCAUUUUCCCUUCACAGCCGUCCAAAGCAGCCAGAACUGUUCCAGGCCCCUGGACCAGGCCACUACUCCCCAGAGUGUUCAAGAAAGUCGGUCUUCCGCUCUCCUCCUGCUUACUCUCUGUCUGGGAGAAGCAAAGACAUGACCACUAACCAAACACCAGGUCCAGCCUCAUACUCUCUGCCCCCUGUGCUUGGGCCCAAAACUGUGGCCACGUCUGCAGCUCCAACCUACUCCCUCUGUGGCCGCAGCAAAACUGGAAGCUUCCAUGAGGACCUGAAGAAGACACCUGGUCCUGCUGCCUACAAAGUUGUGGACCCUUGUAUUUACAGACAGAAACCUCCCCAGUACAGCAUGACAGGCCGCAACUUUGCUCCUGGUGAAACCACAAAGAAACCAGGACCUGGUGCGCACUAUCCUGAGCAUGUGACCCUCACAAAAGGAAAAGCUCCAAGCUUCUCCUUUGGACUGCGUCACUCAGAAUAUAUCUCACCGCUCAUUGUAAAUGUGGCUGACUGAUGUCACAUGCAAUCUUAUUUUACCUGAAAAAUUCACACAACAGUAUCGAAUAAAGCACAGAAAGCAAAGUGCUCGUGA